CGCUCGGGCUGGAGCAGCAGAGGACGGGGAGCCGGCGGCGGCGGCGGCGGCGGCGGCGGCGGGAGCGCCGGGGCGCCGAGACCAGGCGUAGCUCAAGCGCUUUCCGCGGGGUUUGGCUCCUGUCGCUUCCCGUCUCGCCGAACCCGCACCGCCGCCGCCCGAGCCGCCACGAGUCCUCGGGGCCGGGCUGCGGACGGCCGGGCGCGCUUGGAGGGGGCGCGGAGCCGGCGGCUCUGGGGCGCCGACGCAGAUGAAAAGAAGUGAAAAGUUGAUAACAAAAAAUCACAAUCAAGAAGACAUAAAUAUUCUUUGUUGUUGGAAAUGUAGAAAAUGUAUACCAAGUUCUGGUUGUUUCAUGAAAUACCUUGAGAAUCAAGUGAGUAAGGAUCAAUAUGAUUCAGCUAAUGGUCAAAACAUUUGUCAUGUGUGGCACAUGAAUGCAGAAACGCUUCCGGAAUGGGUGAACUGCAUAAUACAAAAAGCCCAGUGGACAGUCAGAAAACUGAAUUGCCCUUUCUGUGGGGCCCGUUUAGGGGGCUUUAAUUUUGUCAGCACUCCAAAAUGUUCCUGUGGCCAGCUUGCAGCUGUACAUCUCUCCAAGUGCCGGACCGAUUAUCAGCCAACACGGGCAGACCAACUAAUGAGACCAUCGCUGAAAUACUUGUCACAUCCUAGAGUUCAGUCAGGUUGUGACAAGGAAACUCUGCUGACAGGUGGUGUCUCCAAAAACAGAAAUCACAGGCUUUUAAACAUGGCCCAAAAUAAUAGUGGUCCUGGAAGAUUAACAGAAGCACUCUGCUUAGAGGUACAGUCAACAUAUUUUGAGAUGAAGAACGGAAAUCUGCUUUUUAAAGCAUCAGAUCCAAAAUACCAGCCUUUUUUUCCCCAGCCUGUGAGUGGCAGAUGCACUACAAGAGCUCUUCAUAGAAAAUCACAUAGCUUGGAUCUGAACAUCAGUGAGAAACUGACUUUAUUACCCACUUUAUAUGAAAUACAUAGUAAGACUGCUGCCUAUCCCAGGCUAAAUGAAACACAGCCUAUUCACCUUUCGGGCUUGCCUUUAGAAUCUAGUAAAAAUACCUGCUCUUUUCACAUUCCAUCCAGUUUUGAUCCUAAUAUGCUGCUGCAAAAAUUUUCAGUGGCUCCCUGUGAUACCCAGACACAAAGAGGAGGAGAAUUUCAGUGUGGUCUGGAAGCUUCUGCAGUGUACUCUGACCAUGCUAGUUCUAACAACCUGACUUUUCUGAUGGACCUGCCCUCAGCUGGCAGGAGCAUGCUGGAGGCCACCUCCUUGGACCAGGAAGAGCACCCCUCUCCUCUGGACCUACUGCAUUCAGGCAACUUUUCACUGGGUGCUAUUAAUCAGAGGCUUAAUAAAAGAGAAAGAAGCAAGUUGAACCUGAGAAGGAAACACCAAAGGCAUGAAAGAUGGCUGCAAAAGCAGGGUAAAUACCCAGGAGUGAGAUUGCUGGAUCGUAUGACUUUGAAUAAUGAGAUGAGUACAGAUGAUGACAAUGAAUAUGUAGAAGAAAAGGAAAGCUACAUUUGUGCAGUGUGUUUGGAUGUUUAUUUCAACCCAUACAUGUGUUACCCUUGCCAUCAUAUCUUCUGUGAGCCCUGCUUACGGACUCUUGCCAAAGACAACCCUGCAAGCACUCCCUGCCCAUUGUGUCGGACAAUUAUUUCCAGAGUCUUUUUCCAGACAGAACUGAACAAUGCCACAAAAACAUUCUUUACUAAGGAAUAUUUGAAAAUAAAACAAAGCUUUCAAAAAUCCAGCUCUGCAAAAUGGCCCCUACCAAGCUGUAGAAAAGCAUUCCAUCUUUUUGGAGGGUGGAGGCAGCAAAUGGCUAAGAGUGGGUCUUUGCUCACUGAGGAAGUCUCAGCAGAGGUGACUGAAGAAGCCCUCUGCCCAAGGCCUCAGGUUUCCACAGACGUGCAGCUCCAGUUACAAGGCAGUUCCCACAUGGUGCACAUAGGAUGGAUUAUCUGCACUUUGAGGAUGAUAGCCGUGGAUGGUGGUUUGACAUGGAUAUGGUGAUCAUCUAUAUUUAUUCAGUGAACUGGGUCAUUGGAUUCAUUGUUUUCUGCUUUCUUUGCUAUUUUUUCUUUCCGUUUUAGGAAUUUUCAUACCUUACUAUAGUUGAACAAUCACAAAUGAUGUAGAUAACCAUUACUUAAACAUUUUCUAAAUGUCUUUGAAGUUUUUAUAAUGUUGCAUUAUAUAAAUUGUGGUGUUUAUAGAAAGUCUGAGAGUAAUGGACUUACUAUGUUUUUAAUGUAAUAAACUAAA